UUUUUCAGUAACAAACGGCAACUCUCAGGAAUAAAAUCGUCGUCGCUCCGCUCGUUAAACCUUCGUCGUUCCCCACCCACAUCGAGAAAAUGAUUUGUUAGUAACUUACGAAGCUAGAAGCGUUACAUAAAUUUUCCAGUGGAAUAUCGAGAAACAAAAACCGAGUGAUGUAAAUACAUUUUCGUGUCGAGUGCAUAACUAUAAUUUAUUAUAAUUAAGCUUGCGCAGCAAUUAAAAAAGAGACAAAAUAGAUAAUAAUACAUUGGUGUUUGUGAGUGUUUGCCGCCUCCCGUGAGAGGGGGAGACAGGGAGAGAGCGAGAACGUGACCGAGUUGCAAUGAAAACUCCAGUGGAAAUUCAGCAUAACUGCUGACACACAAAACAAAAACCAAAAGAAGCACCGAAGGCGAAAGCAGUUUUAUUUUGUUUAGCCACCCCACCAUUUUGUUGUACCCCUAAGUUUGGCCCAUUUGAAAUCAGCAAACGAGUGGCGCAAAAAAACCGCUAAUCAGGGAGAGAGCUCAACGUUCGGCCCCAAGGACGUGGGCCCAAACCCCCCCGGGAACCUAUCCAACAUCCCAUAUCAUCCAGGACCCAAGAAACCAAAAUGGAUGACGAUCAGCAGUUCUGUUUGCGGUGGAACAACCACCAGAGCACAUUGAUCAGCGUGUUCGACACGUUGCUGGAGAACGAGACUCUAGUCGAUUGCACGCUAGCCGCCGAGGGCAAAUUUCUCAAGGCCCACAAGGUGGUGCUGUCAGCAUGCAGUCCCUACUUUGCUACCUUACUACAAGAACAGUACGACAAGCAUCCCAUUUUCAUACUCAAGGAUGUGAAGUACCAAGAGCUGCGCGCCAUGAUGGACUACAUGUACCGCGGCGAGGUCAACAUCUCGCAGGAUCAGCUGGCCGCCCUGCUCAAGGCCGCCGAGUCGCUGCAGAUCAAGGGUCUGUCGGACAAUCGAACUGGCGGCGGAGCAGCCCCCAAGCCCGAGUCCUCCGGACAGCAGCAUCAUCGCGGCAAGCUGAGCGGUGCCUACACACUGGAGCAGACGAAGCGGGCCCGCCUGGCCACCGGCGGAGCGAUGGACACGUCCGGCGAUGUGUCCGGUUCGCGUGAGGGCUCCUCGAGUCCGUCGCGUCGGCGUCGAAAAGUCAGACGUCGCAGCAUGGAAAAUGAUGCCCACGACAACUCCAACUCGUCCGUGUUACAAGCCGCCGCCUCGAAUCAGUCAAUCCUCCAGCAGACAGGCGCCGGUCUGGCCGUCUCCGCUCUGGUCAGCACCCAGUUGUCCAGCGGACCGGCAGCCGGAACCAGCAGCAGCCAAGCGUCGUCGACCCAGCAACAACAACAGCAGCCAUUGACCAGCACCAACGUUACCAAAAAGACUGAAAGCGCUAAACUAACAUCCUCGACAGCCGCCCCUGCGAGCGGAGCAUCUGCGUCAGCGGUUGCCGCCGUACAGCAGGCCCAUCUGCAGCAGCACCAGCAGGCGCAGGCCACAAGCGAUGCCAUCAAUACCGAGAAUGUACAAGCCCAGAGCCAAGGUGGCGCCCAAGGCGUCCAGGGCGAUGACGAGGACAUGGACGAGGGUAGUGCCGUUGGCGGAGCAAGCACCGCCAGUGGACCCAAUCCCGCCUCAGCCUCUGCAUCAGCCGUCCAUGCCGGAGUUGUGGUCAAGCAGCUGGCCAGCGUUGUGGACAAAUCGUCGUCGAAUCACAAGCAGAAGAUCAAAGACAACAGCGUGUCAUCGGUGGGCUCUGAGAUGGUUAUCGAACCCAAGGCCGAAUACGAUGACGAUGCGCACGAUGAGAACGUUGAGGAUUUGACACUGGACGAGGAGGACAUGACAAUGGAGGAGCUGGACCAGACGGCCGGCACCAGCCAGGGUGGCGAAGGAUCUAGUCAAACAUAUGCAACAUGGCAGCACGACAGAUCUCAGGAUGAACUUGGACUAUUGGCACAGGAUGCACAGCAACGGGAUCCUCAAGAUCUGAGUAUUACGCGUAUAGCCGGACUCACCUGGAACGAGUGGAACGCCCGCCUGGCCAUGCCCCUGGUGACCCUGCGCGAAGGUGCCCAGCCCCUGGUCUUUCCCACCGAUCUGUCGGUGGAUAAACAGCAGGCAGCGGCAGGAGCAGGAGGAUUGACCGCCAAGGAUUCGAGCUCCAGUGGCCGGAAGACGCCCACGGAUGUGGGUUGCAAAAGUGAGCCCAGGGCUGCCUCCACCCCGGCCAGAAUCCACAGCAGUAGCAGCAGCAAUCACAACAGCAAUGGCAAGCCCACGAAAACCAGUAGCGGUGGCAAGUUGAAGCACCUCAGCGAAGAGGAGGCCACCGCACUGAUGCUCAAAGCCGUGGCCGAGAAACAGGCAGCCGCUGCUGCCGGCACCGAGCUGAGCUUUGGCGAGGAUCAGGCCAGCUCGGGCAAUGGCGGCAAUAGCAGCGACUAUCCGGCCACACUGAGUGGAGCCGUGACGUUUGCGGAUGUUGGCGGCCCAGCUGGACUAUGCCACAUCAACAUCCUGAACAGCAUCAGCGCCAUGAAUAACCUCAUUAGCGGCAGUACGGCGGCGGGCGUGGUAUCCGGCUCGGGAUCGGGUCAAUCGCCCUCGAACAACAGCGGUGGCGGCGGCGGCGGUAGCAGCAUGCUGGGCGGUGCGGACAAUGGUGCUGGACACCCGUGUCCCGUCUGCGGGCGAGUCUACAAGCUCAAGUCCUCGCUGCGCAAUCACCAGAAGUGGGAGUGCGGCAAGGAGCCACAGUUCCAGUGCCCGUUCUGCGUCUACCGGGCCAAGCAGAAGAUGCACAUUGGCCGGCACAUGGAGCGCAUGCACAAGGAGAAGUUCAAGCUGGAGGAUGUGAAGAGUUAUGCCGGUACCGGCGGCUUGGAUGGCGACAGCAGUGGCGCCACCGCGGCAGCCGUUUCUGUGGCAGCGGCUGCAGCUGCUCUGGCCAGCGGAGUGGAACUCCAUCCGCACUUCUCGUAGGGAAAAGAGCUCUAACCAAGCGGAGUCUGUACAAACAAAGUUAACGUUGAUCAGUUAUUAAUGUUGAGAAAGGCGACCAACUAAAAAAUCAGAAUCAGGGAUAUUAAGAACGAAAGGAAAUUACAUACAUAAAAAGAUAUAUAAAAAAAAAGAAAUAAUCACACACCAAGCUCUCGGGAAAACGGAAUCAGUGUGCCAAAUUAAGCUUAAAACAAACAAAAAAUGAGAAAAAAAACAAAAUGAAAUAGUUUUCUAAGAUGCCUGGAUGUUUCGAAAAAGGGAAAACGAAAGUAGUGUUCGAAUGGACCGCAAAACAAUUUGUUGCAAAGCACAAAAAUUUACGCCAUUUCACAUAAAAUAAUUUUUUGUUAUUGUUAUUAAUUGUUUACACGAGACCGAUUUGAAAAUCUAUAAUUUUUUAUUAUUUCAUGCAAAACAGCAAAGUGAUCAGUAAAAUGAUUUUACACAAAAAACAAUUUUAGAUAUUGCGACAUUCCACACAAAUCGUAAAAAAUGAAAGACAAAAAUUGUACAAUGAAACGGUUAAGAAUUAUUCAAUAAUAGCAUAGGAAUAUAUAUAUUAAUAAUAUAUAUAAAUAUAUAUGUACUAAUAUAUAAAGUAGAAACAGUAGCAGUAGCAAACUCAGUGGAUAAAAAGGAAAACUCAGACCAUAUUAAGAUAUUACUCGCUAAGAGAAACCAAUCAAUCAACUUGACCAGAAGGGUUUUUUACCAAGUACAUCUAUUAAAGGAAGGAAAAACGCCGGCUUGAUAGUCAGAUUCCCAGUGGGGUUUUGCAAAGAGAGUUAAAAAUAUAAGCUUAAGCUGGGUUUUUUCUUAUCGAUGGUGUACUGGUAGAACCCAAUGGGAGAUAUUCAGUACAGAGUGCCAAACAGAUUCAAUUUAGGUUCCCAAUACAGCCAGUCAGUCAGUAACCAGCCUCUUCAAACAACAUUUUACCUCAAGUGGAAAUAUUUUGCUAUUAUAACGAUGUCUUAGACUAGAGGAGAAGAAAACAUUCACUAAGCUCAACCUUUUAUAGAAUUUAAUGUGUAGGCGAGGCGAAACGUUUGAUAGUCAACGGAGAAAGUGCCUUGAAAAAUUGAUGGAAAAAAUAUAAGCAAUUUGCAAACAUUUUAUUUAAAACAAAUCUAUUAUAAAAUCGAUAUUCGUAAUUGUUUAAAGCCAUAUGAAGUAGGUUAAGGCAGGAAUUUAAGUGAAAAGUCAACCAACCGGAGGAGGUCGGGAUUUAAAUGGUUUAUUUUAUUAGACAUUUAAACUCAGGUACUUAGUGAGGGCAAGACCCAAAUUCCAAAACGAUAAAAAAUAUAAAAUAAAACCACAAAAAUUCAGUAGCUGAGCUACCACAAUAGCAACCACAGAAAACGAGUAACAAGAAACAACAACCAACAGAACACCGCCACAAAAUACGUCACAUGCACUUUAUUUAUUAUUUUUUUAUUAACCUAUGAAUAUACGGUAUGAAUGUGUGUACUUUUUAUUUUAUACUUUUAUGCUGCACAUUUAUAAGUAGUCAAGUGUAAUUUAUUUUUAUUUUCUUGCUUUCCACUACAACGAAAUACAUUCCAUAGAUGAUUUUAUUAAGCUUUAAUUAAAAACGACGACAAACUACAAACAUUCACACGAAGAGCAGAUAAAAACCCAAACAGAAAUGUGCGGCCAGUAAAACUGUGCAACAAAAAACAAUUAUUUUUAGAUCUAUCAUAAUUUAAUACUUUAUUAAAGAACCCGAGGAGGAAGACGAAAAAUCUCGAAUGCUUACGUAUAAAAUAUUAAUUUCUUUAAGAAACUAAAGUUCUUAAAACAAAAAAACAUUGGUUAUAUAAUUGCGGUGUUGGGCUAAGUUUAGCGACUCUUUAUAAAAUGAAGAAUAAACGAAACAAUUUCUAAAAUUCCAAAAUCGAAACAUUAUGGCAAAAGUGGAAAAUUUCAAAUUUUCUAAAAACAAUAUUGUUGAACAAUAGGAAAACGCAAAACUAUAUAAAUAGAGAAUAAUUUUAUAUAAAUAAAAACACUUAAUAAGACAAAAAAUACUCAUUAAACAAACAGAAUUAGCAUACCCUUAUAUAUAUAAUAUAUAUAUUUAAUUUUUCUAUGAAUUGUUUGUAAAACUUUUUUGUAAAUUGAUAAAAAAAAAAACCCAAAUUCAAUGUGAAAAAUAUACAAAUUCCAUGUAAUAAAACGCAAAAGAAACGAAAGUUGUUUGCAAUAGUGAGUUGACAA